AUGUUUCGAGAUGAGGAGCCAGAAGAAGCAGCUGGGGAAGAAUGGAGGAAAAUAUCCUGCACAUCUGAGAUCCAGACAGCGUUUAUUCUCUCCUCCUUUGCGACCUUCCUAGGUGGACUGGUCAUCUUAUUCAUUUUCAGACUAAUCAAGAGAACAAUAAUAAAAUGGGAAAACAUCAAGGGAACAGGAAUUAUUUUGAAAUUAGUGACCUCAGACAGCUUCUACCAACCUUACGAAAAAAAGCUCCACUUCCGUGGAAUAUUUCGUGAUCGUAUAGAAAUGCUGCUCUCAGCACAGACCUUUGUGGGCCAAGUGUUGGUGAUUCUUGUCUUUUUCCUAAGCAUUGGGUCUCUUAUUAUCUACUUCAUCAAUUCUACUGACCCUGUUGGAAGGUGUUCGUCGUAUGAAGACAAUACCAUCCCCAUUGAUUUGAUUUUCAAUGCUUUCUUUAGUUUCUAUUUUGGGUUGAGAUUUUUGGCAGCUGAUGACAAGAUCAAGUUCUGGUUGGAGUUGAAUUCAAUUGUUGACAUCUUUACCGUCCCACCGACCUUUAUUUCUUUUUAUCUGAAGAGUAAUUGGCUGGGUUUAAGGUUCCUAAGAGCAUUACGGCUGCUGGAACUCCCUCAAAUCCUGCAAAUUCUAGGAGCCAUCAAGACCAGUAAUUCAGUGAAAUUUUCCAAACUGCUAUCAAUGAUUUUCAGCGUCUGGUUCACUGCGGCAGGAUUCAUUCACUUGGUGGAAAAUUCUGGUGAUCCCUGGCUCAAAGGCAGAAAUUCACAGAAUAUAUCCUAUUUUGACUCCUUCUACCUGGUCAUGGCAACAACAUCAACUGUUGGCUUUGGAGAUGUGGUAGCCAAGACAACCUUAGGCCGAACCUUCAUUAUGGUUUUCACCCUGGGGAGUUUGAUACUAUUUGCAAACUAUGUCCCUGAAAUGGUGGAACUUUUUGCAAACAAGAGGAAAAACACCACUUCCUAUGAAGUGGUCAAAGGGAAGAAGUUCAUUGUGGUCUGUGGAAACAUCACCGUGGACAGCGUGACUGCUUUCCUGAGGAAUUUCCUCCGCCAUAGGUCUGGGGAGAUCAACACCGAGAUUGUUUUCCUGGGAGAGUCCCCUCCUUCUUUGGAAUUGGAAACCAUAUUUAAAUGCUACUUGGCCUAUACAACGUUUGUUUGUGGAUCUGCGAUGAAGUGGGAGGAUCUCAGGCGAGUUGCGGUGGAGUAUGCAGAGGCCUGCCUGAUCCUAGCCAACCCCCUGAGUAGUGACCCGCAGGCUGAAGACAUCUCAAACGUCAUGAGGGUCCUCUCUAUUAAGAACUAUAACCCUAAGACCAGAGUCAUCAUACAGAUACUUCAAUCCCAUAAUAAGGUUUAUCUGCCAAAGAUUCCCACCUGGAACUGGAGUAUUGGAGACAACAUUAUCUGCUUUGCUGAAUUAAAGCUUGGUUUUAUUGCCCAAGGCUGUUUGGUGCCAGGCUUGUGCACCUUGCUAACAUCUCUAUUUGUUGAGCAAAACAAAAAGAUUUUCCCCAAAAAGUCCUGGAAAAAACAUUUCUUGAAUGGCAUGAAGAACAAAAUUUUGACUCAACGUCUCUCAGAUGACUUUGUUGGAAUGAGUUUUCCUGAAGUUGCCCGACUCUGCUUUGUGAAGAUGCACCUCAUGCUAAUAGCCAUCGAACACAAAUCCUUCAUUCAGGGUGGUUACUGUGGUCUAAUACUCAAUCCACCUGCACAAGUUAGGCUGCAGAGGAACACAGUAGGGUUCUUUAUUGCUGAAUCCCUAAAGGAUGUCAAAAGAGCCUUCCUUUACUGUUCUGUCUGUCACAGUGAUGUGUAUACUCCAGAGCUAAUAGCAAAAUGUGGCUGCAAAGGCAAGGUCCGACGCCAUGUGACAGUACCUGUGCCAAAACUGGUCUCACGCUGCCCCUGUGGGUUAAGUCUAAGUAUGGCAGCUCAGUCCUCGCCAUUUAGGCUGCAUAUUUCUCCAAGUAAGAUUUCUUUCUUCUUAACGAAGUCUUUCCCCAGACCAAUAUCUUCCAAUUCUGACCAGCUGGAUAGCAGUGGGAUGUUUCACUGGUGCAAAUCGACCCCUUUGGACAAGAUAGUUCUGAAACGAACUGAGAAGUCAAAACAGGAGUUCCAGAACCACAUUGUGGCAUGUGUGUUUGGAGACUCCCAUUCAACCCUGCUGGGGCUUCGUAACUUUGUGAUGCCCUUGAGAACUAGCAACUAUACCCGGCGGGAGCUGAAGGACAUUGUGUUCAUUGGCUCUAUGGAUUACCUGCAGAGAGAGUGGCGAUUUCUCCGGAACUUUCCCCAGGUAUACAUUAUGCCUGGAUCUGCACUCUAUGCUGGAGACCUACAUGCAGUCAACAUAGAAGAAUGUUCUAUGUGUGCUGUCCUAUGCCCCUCAUCCAAGCCAUCCAGCAGCCAGACUCUGAUAGACACAGAGACCAUCAUGGCCACCCUCAACAUCGGAUCAGUGCGGGUCAGCUGCUCUGCCAAGCCCUCCUCAGUGUCAGCGAAUAUCUCAAGUUACUCAAGUGAACCUUCUGGAAAAUCAAAACACCGAAGAGUCCCCUUCCUCACUGAACUGAAAAACCCCUACAACAUCCACUUCAUCGAGCAGCUUGGUGGACUGGAAGAGGCCAUGCCAGGGACAGACCUGCACCUCAGCACGUCCUUUGCUACAGGAACUGUCUUUUCUGACAGCUUCUUGGAUUCCCUCCUGGCCACGGCAUUCUACAACUAUCGCGUCCUGGAAUUACUUCAGAUGCUGGUGACAGGAGGUGUAUGCUCUCAGCUGGAACAACAUUUGGACAAGGAGAAGUACUGCAAUGCUGACAGCUGCACUACAUACAUGUCUGGGAGAAGUCGGUGUAAGCUGGGGCUUCUGUCCUUACACCAAACCAUAUUAUCAGAAAUUGAACCAAAAAAGAACUUUGGACAACUGUUCUGUGGCUCCUUAGAUCUUUACGGGAUCCUGUGUAUUGGCUUAUACCGCUUGAUAAAUGAAGAGGCGUUGAACUCAGAACAAAAACGGUUUGUGAUCACCCGGCCAGACAAUGAGUUCCUGCUGCUGCCCUCGGACCUUGUGUAUUGUGCCAUCCCUUUCAGCCUAGAUUGUAAUCAGAAGAAGGAUGCUGAUUCGUCUGAAAUGCCCUAUGACACUGUAAAUAUAGAGCCACUGACACCGGUGACAAAUGCAGAUGCAAAUCAUCCUUCCAAAACUGACAUAAUUAAGGAGACUACAUCACAAACAGUCCAGGCCCCUCUGGAGAAGGAUGGCCUCUGCUCCUCGGCGCCCAGUGCCAAGAAUGAGCCCGUGCCCAGCCAUGACGGCGCGAUCACCAGCAACAGACAUUUAUUAGAGAACAAAGCACACCAACUACAAGGAGAGCACUUCUCAAGGGGGAAGAUGGAUCCCUCCGGGAGCCAAGGAGACCGGAAUCUGAACCCCGUCUGUCCCGCCUCUCCCUCCCGCUCUGGGGGUAAGAAAGCCGUGGCCUUGCCAGAGGGCACAAACACAAGUGCCCUGCCCAGCCUGUGUGUGGAGAAAGGGCAUUUGCACAAGCAGUUGCUUGGUGCUGCUGAGGUCACUGGCUCUGCUCCAUCUUCUGUUUGCAGGCCACCGUCUUGUCAGUUUGCACUAAGUCUCUACCCUGGGUUGUCUCUUCCAGAAGACAAAUGCAGCCCACAGCAAGGCCUGUGCUCAUCUAGAACCCUGCUGGCUCCUGGCAGAGCUUACCUGGAGCCUCUCCUGCAGUAG